AUGCCAGUAUACAUGCUCCACGGCUUCCGCUGGCCACGCGCAGGCUUCACCGGAAUCCGCGUGUACAUCGUCCUCCACAAUCUGGAAGAAGCAGCCGCCGAAUACAUCCAACAACCCCUAACCACAUCCCUAAUCAUGGACUCCUUCAACAAAACAAACCCAGACCUCCUACCCCGCCUACCAGAGCUGCAAUUCAUCGAGCAGUACGAUCCAGCAGACGAGACGAGCGGGACGGUCAGUCAGGACUAUGCAUAUGUCGGUGCGCGGGUACUGACUAUUCCCGACGGCGGAGAUGGAGCUACGGCGCAGGGCGGACAGAAUAUUGAGGAUGUUGUUGAGCAGGGAUCUGGCUUGACGGAGGAUCAGACUGCUGCGCUGGAGACCUUGAGGGAUCGGCUCGCGCCUGGUGAGAAGAUUGGGUGGUAUUUGGUUUAUAAUGGAGAUCCUGAGAGGUGGUUUCCUGAGUCUGAGUCUGAGUCUGAGGAUGAGGAUUAUGAGGAGGAUGGGGAUGGGAAAGGGAGUGUUGAUGGGCGUGGAGAGAGUUCUACUGAGCCUCCUAGCCCGCAGAGCGUUACGGCUCGGUUGACGAGGUUCUUCAAUCGGAUGAGCUCGGGGUAA